GGGUCUUCUCAUCCUCCCGGUCGAUCUGCGCCGGCGAGAUAGACAUGUAACGACGCCUGGCGCUGCGCCAUUGGCUGCCCUUGGAGGAUCCGAUGAGCUUGACGUCAGCUUCACGGGCUGUAUUUUCAGAAACAUCCAAGCCACCAGGCUCAGGCCCGUCUAGUCGCCGUUUGUCUGCUAUAUUUCGUUGUUAUUGAUAUCAUUGCUUGUCUGUAGUUGGACGUUCGAUGGCUGCCUUUCCUCCAUCGCUGGACGGUGAAUCAACUGAAUUGGAGAUAGUUAUCGACAACGGCGAUCUAUACACUCGCUAACGCCGCGCAAUAACUAAUAAUGGGGCCUGUCGACCUCCCCCGGCCAUCAUCGCCAGCUCGCUACGACGCCGAAGCUGAGGCUGUCGGCCUUCUUUCAUAUCAUGACCAGCAGAAGCAGCAGCAGCAGCAGCAGCAGCCAAGUCACGGCCGAGGCGGACUUCUGCAAGCCAUCCACGGCCGGUCACCCAGCAGCCUGAACUCGCUUCCUCUGCGGCGGGCUGAGAAGACAGGCCACCAUCUGCUCGCUGCCAUAGGCUGCUCUCCAACGCGGCGAGCUGGAACCAGGCUGUCGAGAACCCACCGCCUGUUACGGCUUGUCGGGUUUCUGGCCUGGCUGUUCGUGGCCGUCUCGGUGGCCGAGUCGCUGCUGUGGCCGCCAUAUCAAACGCCGCCAGAGCACUAUGCCGGCCUGCGUGAGCGGAUCCUCGGUUCCACGCAGCCUGGGCGAGGAAACCCAGAGGGCCAGAAGGUGUUCAUAGCAAGUAAUAUCGUGAAGGAGGAGAUGAUUCGCGGGCCCUGGGGCCGCUCGCUGCUCGAGCUCGUCGACCUCCUGGGGGAGGAUAACGUGUUUGUCAGUAUCUACGAGAACGACAGCGGGCCGGGGACAGGAGACGCCCUCAGAGAGCUUGCUGCACAGCUACCAUGUAACUCAUCGGUUGUUGCAGGGGAGCAUCUGCCCAUUGAGGGCCUCCCUACGACCACUCUGCCGUCAGGGGACGAGCGAGUAAAGCGCAUAGCGUACCUGGCCAGAAUCCGCAACCGGGUACUGGAACCGCUGAACUCGGCGUACCAGUCCUCUGGCGAUCAUGUAGCAGCGGACGGGUUCGGGUUCAGUCAUGCGAACAUGCAGUUUGACCGGGUCCUGUUCUUGAACGACGUCUACUUCUCGGCCAUUGAGGCUGCCCAGCUCCUGUUUUCGACCAAUGUAGACCAGGCCGGUCACGCUCAGUAUCGGGCAGCCUGUGCCGUCGACUUUAUCUCCAAGGCCAUGUUCUACGACACCUUCGUGGUCAGGGAUGCCGAGGGCUAUGGCACCGGCCUGAUGUUCUUUCCCUGGUUCGCUCCCGUCGGACAGGCCAGGAGCAGAAACCAGGUCCUCCAGGGCGCCGAUGCAGUCGAGGUGCGCAGCUGCUGGGGAGGCAUGGCGGCCUUCCAGGCAUCGAUAUUCCAGCACUAUUCAACGGCGGACUCGACAAGCCACAUUGUCACUCGCUUCCGGCACGACUCAGAGCCCUUUUGGGAAUCUUCCGAGUGCUGCUUGAUCUUUGCAGAUUGGGAAGAUCGGUUUGGCCAGCCAGACGUUGCAAAUCAGACUGGUGUUUUCUUGAACCCGUACGUUCGAGUGGCCUACUCACAGAAUACUUGGAAGUGGCUGGGGUUCUUCAGACGGUUUGAACGCAUCUUUGCAAACCUGCAGUUUCUUGUCAGCCGGCUGGCUUAUCCGGAGCAUAACCCUCGGCGAACUCACCUUCCAGGACAGAAGGUGAGAGAGUGUGUGUGGCAGAGUAACGCAGAUGGUCACCCGGGGGGUUCGCUUCAAACGAUCCAGCGGAUAGCAAGCCCUGGAGGCUUCUGUGGCCAGAGACGAAUGUUUGUCAUGGUAGACGACAUUGAGAAGGCAAACAGGAACGGAGCAAAGAAUUGGAUGAAAAUACCUGUUCCCUGAAUGGUCGAGUCGCAUUAUUGACUUGAAAUAUCCUUAUUUAUUUCUUAUUUAGUCAAGUUACUACUUACAUGUUUAUCGCUCUGUUAACUAUAAGAUGAGCAUAGCAUAAUCAUAUCAUAAUAAUAGUAAUUAUAAUAUCAAUUUAAAUUAAUCUGCACGAAGCUUGGUCAUGCAGCGUAUGAUGUUUUCUUCUGUGCCUCGAACUCUGCUUGCAGUCCAAGCAGAUAUCAUCGACAUUCAGAAUCAACAGCUCCCAUCAUCAACCAGGCGAGAUUCAAUAAUCUAGAACCUUUUUUCAUUUCCCUCGUCUAUCUCAACUAACCAGGAAGCGGGAAAUUGGACACUGAUAGCCAGAGGAUUGGCGCUCAUCCAGAUGACUGGCGCGUACCAGCGAACUGACAAUCUCACCCCAUCUCGACUCGUCUCGUCUAUCCAGGGCCUAUUGUCUGGCAAGCGACUCCGUAACUAGUCGUCAAUGCUAAAAUAUAGCCAAAGUGCUUCCUGGAAAGAGGAGCAGUACUCUGAUCUUUCUCUGCAUUGCUUCUCUCUCCCUCUCUCUGUCAGCCUUUGCUUUUUUCUCUCUCUCUCUCCUGAUUUUCUUUCUUUUUUUUUUUUUUUUAUUUUCACAGCUUUACUUUACUACUGCCCAUCUCUCCCGCCGGCACUUUCACCCCUGGCCGCACCGUUUUGAGGCGUUGCACGGGUAUCUGAAUAUUGGUUCGUACUCUCUGGAUCGUGUCGGAAUGUACGACACGACGCUGCGUGUCAACAACAACACGCAAAGGGAAGAGAAGGACGAGCAGGAAAAGCAAAGAAAAGGGGGUAGUUAAAGGAUAAAAUAAAUAAAAUAAAAUAUGUGUGCAUACGGCCAUUUCAACCUGCCAUGGUAUCCAUCCCAUUGGGUAACGUAGAGUAUACGUAGAUCUGAGCGUUCGUCGUUGUCUUCUUCACCUCGACUCUUCAC